AUGUCUUCUCGCUACGAUAUUUUUUUAAAGACUUCAAACCUCCUUUCUUAUAUCUUAGUCCUGGGAGUUAAUUCAUACUUUAAAGCUAUCGAAGAACGACCAGGGGACGACGGUAGUGAUUUUAAGGGCAACAGUACUCAUGGCAACGGUACUCAUGGUGCUGUGCCAUUAACUCAUAUUUUGCCAGCUACUUAUACUUUUGGAAUUUGGGGACUCAUUUAUGCUUUGCUUGGUGGAUUCGUUAUCUACCAAUGGUUCAAUUCAGCUGACGUUGCUACCGUUGAAGGUGUUAAAUUUUAUCUUAUUCUCGCAAAUCUUGGAAACAUUGUUUGGAUUGUUUUAUGGCGAAUGGAUUAUUAUAUGUUAGACGUUUUUGUUGCCGCAUGCGUCUUAUUAGCUUUGAUGUUUGCAUAUAACAAUCUUGAACAAUAUCCUCCAAAAAGUAUUUAUGAUCGUCUCUUUAUCCAUUACCCUUUCACUAUCUAUCCUGCAUGGCUCAUAGUUGCUACUACUCUCAACUUUUGGGUCGCGUUUCAGGCGCUCGACACUGUAUUCUUUUCCACCAUUAUAGUCGCUGUAUUUGGACUUAUUGGUUUAUCAUUCGUUGAUUAUUGUAAGCGCAAAGAUGUUGUCUUCGCUGGUACUCUUGCUUGGUCUCUUAUUGGUAUUGCCGUUAGACAAUAUGAAUCAUUAUCAAUUCUUAUUGCUGCUGCUGUAUCUGCUGGUCUUAUCAUUGGUGGAAUUUUGAGAGUUAUGGUUCAUGAAAUUAUCACUUGGUGGCAUUUACGUACACAAACAGAACGAACAGAACGAUCCCCACUUUUACCUACACAAAAUUAA